AUUGCGCAUCGCAUUUUACGCAGGAGCAGAUGCUCUUGGGUCAGAAGAACAGAAGGAGCGAGUAAUUCACCUUCUACGCUCCGCUGCUGUUCAGCCGUGCUGAGACAAGACUUGGGCUGAGAGGUUCAGAAACCAGCAAACACUCGAAGAUCAAUGACAGUCGGCGGAAGGAUAUCUUUCAGCCACACCACAAUGCUAUGCGCCUUCCCGAAUCCUGCGGCGCCUCUACAAGCCGGUCUCGCGGCCUGGAGUACCUUGAAGCUUUUUGCGCUGCGGGGCGGGCUGGUAUGGAACUGCGCGAGCACGGGCCCUGGAGUGAAAAUAUAUUGGAUUAUUUUCUGAAUGCUAAACAGAUUAAGACAAGAGAUGGAGCUGAAAUCAUCUGGUAUCAUAGAGCAAAUAAUAAAAUGCAAAUGACAGAGGCAAUACAAAGUGCAGCUCACAUGAUAGAGGCAGAUAUUCUUCUUUGUGAAGGAGAGGGAAGUAGUGAACCAAUCAUGGCUCAUCCACCAGAAACAAAUAGUGAUAACACACUAAAGGAGUGGCUAAAUGAGAUUAAAAAUACUAACAAGGGCAUCAAGCUUGAUUUUAAAAGCCUUGCAGCUGUGAAUCCCUCAAUGAAGAUCCUUAGAGAUAUAAAUCUCAGGCAACCUGUUUGGAUUAAUGCAGACAUUCUUCCUGGACCGAAUGGAAGUAACUGUAUAGUAGAUGGAAAGAGUUUUCUAGACACUGUGACAUCAUUUUUUCCAGAUGUAACCUUAUCAUUGGGAUGGACCACUGGGUGGAUUAAUCUAAAAUGCAAUAAAGGCUACAGUUCAGCAAUGGUGCAAGAGAUGGCAGCAAUAUGUGGAGACCUUACUCAGCCUGUUACUUUCCCUGUAAGAGCUGCUUUGGUGCGCCAGUCAAUAUCUGAGCUUCUGUGGUUAUUACAACAAUCAAACAGAUAUACCCUGACUAUUUGGACAGGAAAACUUGAUGAAUAUUCAGUAGAAGAUCUACUCUUCAUCAGAGAUACAUUUGAUAAAAGUAAAGUUUUUUAUGAUAUCUUGGAGCCUCAAAAUUCUGAAUUCAGAAAGGCUAUAGGAAUGGAAGUCUCAACCUAAUAAAUAGACUUGUAUGUUAGACAACAGUGGUUUUGAGCCUCAUCUUGAUGCAUGUAGAAAUGUGCUGUUUUCUAUCAAAUAUUUAACAAGAACACAGUUAUUACAAAAGAUAUAUUAAAUCAUGCUUUCAAAACAUCUUUGUCCUUUUUUGGGGUUGAGGUUUCAAGUUGCAAAAAGAAGGUUUACAAAACUUGUUUUUGCUUCGACCUUGAUAUCACUAGCCACAGCUGGGAUCCUGUCUCUUCUUAGUUUGCUCUCUAGUUGGUCCACGUACAUUCCUUUCUGGUCAAACAUCUCAUCACAAGUUUCCCUCACUGGGACAACUAAAGGACUUGCUUUUUAAUGUACAGUCUCAGUUUGUCUUCACCAAAAAUUAUUUAUUUGAGAACACUCUGUUGCCAUAUAUCUUUGAUCAAUGGCAAUACCAUGACUACUUGUGUGGUAUCGUAAUGUGCUAACAUGUUUAUGGUUGACCUGAAAUACUGUUUCCUCAGCAACUAUUUCUAAGCUCUCCUAGGGCCAAACUGUAUGUUGCAUUGAGGAUGAUGCCAUAUCUCAGUGGUAAAGCAUCUGCUUUGCAUGCAGAAGGUCCCAUGUUAAAUCCUUGGCAUCUCAAGGUAGGGCCAACGGUCAGACUCAAUAUACACGGAAUGCAUAGUUUGGCCCUAUCUAUAUAUUUAAUUCUCUUGGGACCAUGCGUGCCCAGGAUUUGGCAGCAGAACUCUCGCGACAUGCUGCGAGCCUUCAGGACUGAGGGAAAUGUUGGUUGGUUGGGGGUUGGAGUAGUCCGGAGGAGGAGGCCGAGGGGGUGCCGCUCUGGCAGCUGGGGGUGGUUAGUGAGGGGUGGCGAGAGGAGAAGAGGUGACGGGCAGCUGAACUGCUGAGCCGCACCACCGAGAGGAGCCCAGCUGGGCGAGGGGCGGUGAGAGGAGAAGAGGCAGCGGGCGGUUGAGCUGCGCCACUGAGAGGAGCCCGGCUGGGCGAGCGGCGGUGGUGGCGGGCUCCCAAAAAUGGCCAGGUGGAGGCUGGCGAGCAACUGGGGCUAUUGUGGCGGGCAUGGGGGCUGGGAGGGGGGAUAGCGGUGGAGGAGGCAGCGGGCCCUGGCAAAGGGCUUCCAGACUGGGAAUAGAUUGGGGCGGAAGGGAGGGGGGGGAGUGGCAAAGAGAGACUAGCGGCGCAGAUGCUGUGCGCCGGUUCAGCUAGUAUAUUAUUAUUUUUCAUUGUAAAUAGUAGUUCCAGGAAGAGGCGCUUCCCCCUCCCCCAGCCUGAACUUCCAGGCCAAAGUCCAGGGCCUGCACAACCCCUGGGGCCCCCUAAAUCCUCUUUAGUCUGUCCUGGGUUCUGUGCCACACCGAUCGCUCGCACUGCACCAGGUGGCCGAGCAUGACUGUGACAUAUUCUGGGUGGCCAAGUAUGACCUCUGCUUUAGAGACAGAGGGGAAGUGGGGAAAGAACUAUGUGGGAUGGGAAUAUGUUAAGUUGCAUGUGGAAAUGUUUCUGCUAAUGCAUAUUUGCAUAAAUAUACCUGUUUUAUAUUCUUAUGUUCUUGUGAGUUCAGUUGCUGUUUGUGUCCUCAAGAACCCAUGUGUUAAAAAUACUGUGUGUGUGUCACGGUGUGUAAUGUAUGUAUAGGGGGAUGAUGCUUAACUUUCAGUGGAGGGUGGGUGGGCUCUAAGGGCUUUAAGUUCAUGCUCCAAAAUUACCUAGAUGCAUCUCUGGCUACAGAGGACCCCAGUCAGGAUCAGAACACCAAAGGUAAAGGUUUCUUCCAACCCUGUGCCAUGAUCCCCAUGAAAAAUUCCCCUAGCUGCUAUUUGCCUCAGAAGGCAAGUUGCCAGUGAUGCCAAUGGGAGCUUCCCUUCCGGACCAAAUGGAAGCUUUAGAAGGGGGUUGGUUUUAAUGAGACUGCAGCACAUAUACAUAUCCCACAUAUAUUGUGGUCCUGAUUCAUCCCUCUCCAUCACUGCUAUUUGCAACUUUCCGAUAAAUCAGUGUUAAGACAUUUCUAGAUUAAUUCACUGAUUAUCAUCCUAGUAUUAAACCAAACUUUGACCAAUCUAUGAUUUUUUAAAAAAGAAAUAAUUGUCGUUCAAUGGAUAUAUAAAAAUCCUUAUAGUGGAUGUCCACGGACACCCUUAUACUGGUCUCCCAUAUCCUUUAUUAACAUCCACAAUACAUACACCAUCAAUUACCUAAACAAGCUUCACGAUAAUGUUAUGUUUUCUUCAGUUCCUCCAGACAGGAACACAUACCUGAAGGCCUCACAACAGGUAUUCUUGAUUCUAUAACACAAAAACUACAUCAAAAAGGCAAGCCCAGGCUACGACCCUGGGAAGAUCUGCUAAAAGAGGCACCUUUUAACGUGGUAAUUUUUUUUAUUUAGCAGGGGGAGAGUAACUGGCCCUAUCUUACAUUUCUUUUUAGAUUGUGAGCCCUUUGGGGACAGGGAUCCAUCUUAUUUAUUUAUUAUUUCUCUGUGUAAACUGCACUGAGCCAUUUUUGGAUGGGCGAUAUAGAAAUCGAAUGAAUGAAUGAAUGAAUGAAUGAAUGAUGUAGGUAUAUUUCAUCAGUCAUAACAUGAACGAAGAAACAGGUGGGUAUGCAUCUGCUGAAACUUGCCUAUGAAAGCGCAUGAUAUAAUAAGCAAGUUAGUCUUUAAACCACAACAGAUCUAUUUGUUUUUCUACUUGUAAUGUGCAUGUGUGAAACUAUUUACUGGUGUGUAUCUUCUACACUUAGAAAUCCCUUCUCUCCCCCCACCCUGCACCCCCCACCCACCCCCAUCCCUUCUCCCCCCCCACUCUUUGUUGCCUUCACAACCAAUAUUUUAAUUGUUAUGGCUUACUCUGGCUAUUUCUACUUAUUUAUUGCUUUCAAUGGGUUCUUUGUGGACAAAAUCUCUUGUAUUCAGGCCGACUUGAACUCCACUAUUUCUGCAAGGUCUAUGGAGGAGGUAUCCAGCAAUCACUCUUGCAGUAUUAGGUUGGAUCAGUUUCAAUCUGUGAUUCCUGAGGAUGUGGACAAGCUGCUUGGGGUGGAGCGGCCUACCACUUGCUCUCUGGAUCCUUGCCCAAAUUGGCUGCUUACAUCUAGCAGGAAGAUUGUUGGAGGUGGCCUAGUUAACAUCAUGAAUGCAUCGAUGAGGGAGGGUAGGGUGCCUCCAUGUUUGAAGGAGGCAAUGGUUAGACCGCUUCUUAAGAAGUCUUCCCUGGAUGGUUAAUUAUAGGCCAGUCUCCCUUGGUUGGGCAAGGUGAUUGAGAGGGUGGUGGCCAACCAGCUCCAGGCAGUCUUGGAGGAAACUGAUUAUUUAGACCCAUUUCAAACUGGCUUUAGAUCUGGCAAUGGGGUUGAGACAGCCUUGGUUGGCCUGAUGGAUGACCUCUACUGGGGAAUCAACAAAGGGAGUGUGACUCUGUUGGUUCUUUUGGAUCUCUUGGCAGAGUUUGAUAUCAUUGACCAUGGUAUCCUUUUGGAUCGCCUGGGGGAGUUGGGGAUAGGGGGCACUGCUUUGCAGUGAUUCCACUCCUAUCUCUUGGAUAGAUUCCAGAUGGUGGAGUUUGGUGACAGCUGCUCCUCAAAACAGGAGCUGUUAUAUGGAGUCCCUCAGGGCUCCAUUCUGUCACCGAUGCUUUUUAAUAUCUACAUGAAACCGCUGGGUGAGGUCAUCAGGAUAUUUGGUGCUGGGUGUUAUCAGUAUGCUGAUUACACCCAAAUCUACUUCUUCUUUUCACCUUCAUCAUCAGGAAAUGGCACUCAUUCUCUAAAUGCCUGCCUACAGGCAGUAACGGGCUGGAUGAGGGAUAACAAACUGAAACUGAAUCCUAGCAAGAUGGAGGUGCACAUUGUAGGGGCUCAGAAUUUGAGGGAUAUAAGAGAUCUUCCUGUGCUGGAUAGGGUUACACUCCCCUGGAAGGGGCAGGUGCGCAGCUUGGGAGUACUCUGGACCCAGGCCUCACCCUGGUAUUCCAGGUAGAGGCCAUGGCCAGGAGUGCUUUCUAUCAGCUUCGGCUGAUUCAGCAGCUGCAUCCAUUUGUUGAAGAGGAUGACCUCAAAACAGUGGUGCAUCAGUUGGUAACCUCCCGGCUUGACUAUUGCAAUGCGCUCUACGUGGGGCUGCCUUUGUACAUAGUUCGGUCACUUCAGUUAGUUCAAAAUGCGGCAGCCAGAUUAGUCUUGGGCCACCCGGAGAGACCAUAUUAUGUCUGUUUUGAAGCAGUUGCCCUGGCUGCUGAUAUAUUUCCAGGCAAAAUACAAAGUGCUGGUUAUUACCUUGAAAGCCCUGAACGGCUUAGGUCUGAGUUAUCUUAGAGAGUGCCUUCUUCUGCAUGAUCCCCACCACACGUUAAGGUCAUCUGAGGAGGUCUGUCUCCAGUUACCACCGGUACAUCCUGUGGCGACUCAGAGGCAGGCCUUCUCUGUAGCUGUUCCUGGGCUGUGGAACGCAUUCCAGCAGAAAUCUGUAAUCUCAUUAUGUUUGGCCUGGUCUUCCAGGGUUUUUAAAUUGUUGUGUGUUGCCUGGUCCUCCAGGGUUUUUAGCUGUUUUAAAUUGUUAAUUGGUUUUAUGUUGUUAUAUAGUUUUUGUUUUUAACUGUUAAUUGAUUUUAAUUGUCUUAUUUUGAUGUAAAUCUCCCUGAGCCAUUUUUGGAAGGGCAAUAUACCAAUCAAAUAAAUAAUAACAAUAACAAUAAUAAUUGCCUCUUACCUUCUGUGUUAUAACUGUGCAUUGGCCAGGGCUAGCCCCAAGUCUGAGGAGGCUCAUUGCAAAGUGCUCUUUGUGAUCUCAUUGCCUACAUUCCUUUGUCCUGACAGUCCUAUCCACAAAUUGAAGCUUUCUCCUAGAGGCUGCUCCGAUUAAUAUUAGUGGCUGACAUGCUAUGCAAUGCAACACUGGCAUUUCAAUCCACUGGGGCUGCUGUGCACAUGAAAUCCAGCUCCAGCAGUGUUACGCAAGAGUGCAGUUGUGCAACUGCUUAAGACACUGGACGGGCACUUGCACAGCGCUACUUCUAUUGUUUCCAGUGGAAGUAACAAGUGCCUGUGUGUUGUUUUAAGUAGUUGAACAACUGAAGUCUUGUUCAAUGGCUUCCAGGGCUGGCUUUCACACACGGAGCAGCCGUGGAGGGUUGUAUUGCACAGCAUUUCAGCCAAUGAAAAUAAAUGUGGUUUUAUUUCAUAAACACUCUUGAUUCUGACUCUGUUUUCCAAUACAUAUAUCAGAAAGCAUUUCCAAUAUCUAUAUGAGAUUAUCAUUUGUCUUUUGCUGUUUCACUUGAGGUUAAUGACACUCGGAAAGGUUGUUACAUUGUGAAGCUGGAAAGUAAAAGAGUUUGUGUAUAUAACUUAUACAAUGGACAGUAAAACAUCUACCAGAGAUAACACAGUAGUUUGGAAUUUGGAGCUGAUGUCUUUUAUAGACCUGUAACAAUUCAUAAAUGUUAUGAAUGCUAUAAUUUAGCACUAGAAUGAAGCUACUACUACUAUUGAUAUUUAUAUACAGCUUUUCAACAAAAUUUCCCAAAGCGGUUUACAUAGAGAAAUAAAAAUAAGUAAAGAUGGCUCCGUAUCCCCAAAGGGCUCACAAUCUAAAAAGAAACAUAAGACACCAGCAACAGCCACUGGAGGGAUGCUGUGCUGAGGUUGGAUAGGGUCAGUCACUCUCCCCCUGCUCAAUAAAGAGAAUAAUAACUUUAAAAAGGUGCCUCUUUGUUCUGCUAGCAGGGCAGUUUUUGGAGCAGAACCCUGAAGUUCUGAUGUUCAGUCAGAAAUUACUUCCAAAAAAAGGAAGGUGCUAGGCCACACCUUUGGACCAGAAAGACCUGGUUCCAGGUAUGCAGCCUAGCGGCAGUGAAAUGUGGUCAGCACAUGCUCAGAAGCAAUCCCUUCCUUCUAUAUACUGCAUAUAUUGCUGAGCUGAGCUGAACAUUCCAAAACUGCAGGCUUCUGUUAUAUUUUGACUUAAAUAUUGUUUCAUUUGCAUUGAAUAUUGCAUUGAAAGCAAAUGUUACUUCCAUACACAAAUCUCUUGUAAAUGUCUACUCCCUUUUCUUGUUCCAAAUUCAGGUACACAUUUUUUGCAUAUUUACAGAAGGCAAAUUCAGUAUCCAUCAGCUUAAAAUGUAUUUUUGUCUUUAUUUGAACAUUAAUCAUUUCUCAUUUUCUCCAUUAUUCAGCUAUUUUGUUAAAAUCUGAGUAGAUCUACUUCCGUGUUUUCCAAAAACCUACUUUAUGUUAUCUCAUAGAACUCUCAUACAGAACUGUGCUGUGUUUGGAAACCAAAGCAUUUUAUUCUUUAUAUAGAUGCAUGUUAUCUGUUUUGUAUUACCUGUGAUUGUGUGCACUAGAGAACACAUAAAGGAAACAAUAAUGGUUCUAAAAUGAUUUGAUGUUGCAUAAUAUCUCUCCUCAGCCAUAAUAAAACUUAUUUGAAAA